GUGGUCGAGGCGGUUGGACGGCGCUCAUUCCCUCCCCGUCUAGUUUGUCCUGAGGAAAAGGUGGAUGACAUGCAGUUGUCGCGGCUGUUUUCACACUAUUGCCGUCGUGUGGUGGAAUCUGUAGAGUGCAAGUGCGACCUGGUAUUUGUGAAGUAUAGGUGCGCUGUAACAGGAUCAUAUUUUUCCACUGUGAGCUCGGAUUACUUUGCACAAUGGCCCGAUAUGAUUUUUCACUUUCCAUUUGUUCUGAGCCAAAAGCUAGUGUUCUCGAACUCACUCAUGGAGAUGGUUCAUGACGGUAUUACCGCGCAGAAUGGGUUGCAACGUACCAUGCUUUUGGGUCUGUUUUCCAGUGGUAUCAAGCGAAACCACGAGCGUUGCUUCACCUAUCUGGCCCCCACUCCAAUAUCAGAGGAUCAGUAUGCAGAUCAAAACAAAAUUGUUGACAAUCACACGCUUACGACGGCAUGGCUACACGCUACAGAGCUGUACGGGUCGCUGUGUGAAAAAGUGAUGAAAGACUGUGUUGUAAAGAGGGUCAUGAGAAUGGAUCACUCUGUCAAGUUCUGCAAGCGGCUAAAGCUGUGGAAGGCCAAGGGGCAACGUGAAUCUCUCAAAAAUGCGAAAAUGCUUUUGCUGUUCCAGAAUGAAAUUGGGCAGAUUAUUGGGCGGCGGCUGACCAGGUCUGAAAACAAGGAAGAAACACGAGCCUUGCUUCAACAUGUGAAGUCGCACGAGGUGGUCACAAAACAGGACCCCUUUCACGUGAUAACUCGCAUCACUGAAAAAAUAAAGGCACCCGUCACCAGCAAACGAAUUUCAAAGGAACUCUCCCGUGCGAUCUACAAUGUGGAUCGUGAAUUGCGCCCUACUGCUGAAAUGGCUCUUCAAUUUCAAAGUGUAGUCAGCGGUGUUUUGCGCUCAAGUGUAUCG